AUGCGUUAUCCCAAUUCUAUCGGAUGUUCAAGCUGCCUUCCACACAAUCGAAAUGCUUCCGGAAGAUCGACAAUUUUGCAAAAUUCUUUGGCUGCGCGACGUCAACAAGCCAAUCACCACGGACAACUUAGUCGUCAAACGCUACACAAAAAUGGUAUUUGGUGUGAUCUCGUCACCUUUUGUAUUAGCAGCAGUGUUAUUACACCAUUACGCCAAAUUCGACAACGAAUUAUCGAAAGAAAUGGCGAAGAAUACGUACGUCGACAACAUUCUAUUUCAAUGUUCAACGGAAGAAGAGGCCCUCGACAAGAUGAGAACGGCUAAAGAA